AUGUCCCGCGUGCUGGUAAGGCGAGGUGGUGGUGUAGCUAUCAUCCAUAAAGCUUCUAUACAAGUCACCACUGAGUCGUCAAGUCAAAGCAAGGAAUUCUCACAAUUUGAGUUCAUGGACUUAGGCGAUCUGAACCUUCAUCUAGAUAUACCAGACAACAACGAUACGAGAAAAUUUACAAGUAACCUUGAUGCAUGUGGUAUGCAUCAGCAUGUACAAGAACCAACCCAUGUUGCAGGUCAUACAUUGGACGUAGUGAUAUCAAGGGAAACAGACAACAUUGUAUCAAACAUAGAGGUCGUAGAUCCUGGACUCUCUGAUUCUAGUGGAAAUAUCUUACGUGACCAUUUUGCUGUUACAUUUGAUGUCAAAACCUCAAAACCUGCACCGGUACGGAAAUUGGUUUCUUACAGAAAACUUCGCGCAAUUGACAUUGAUUCUUUUCGAGAUGACAUACGGAAAAUGGAAUUCUUCAACAAAGAGUGUAUCCCUUCUGACAUAGAUGGUUUUAUGAUGGAGUAUUCAGACAGUCUAACCUCUAUUUUGGAUAAACAUGCUCCGAUGAUUAACAAGACUAUUUCAUUGAGACCUGCUUGUCCGUGGUAUACUGAGCAACUCCACGAAGUCAAACAUGAAAAACGUAAACUGGAACGGAAAUGGCGUGAAACUAAACUUACAAUAGACCAUCAGAUCUACAGAACACACUGUUCUAGUGUGAACAAGAUGUUAAAACAAGCUCGUGUAGAAUACUAUACAAGUAAAAUAGAGUCUUGUGGCAAUGAUCAUAAAAGUCUAUCUAAGAUUACCAAAGGUCUACUUGGAGAUACAAAUGAAGUGAUUCUACCAUUUGAUUCAUCUUCAGAGCGCCUUGCCCAGAAAUUCAGUGACUUCUUUAUUGGAAAGAUUGAAACAAUAAGGAAUAACAUACGUUCUCAAACACAAUCGGUACCUGAUAAUGUAGAUAUGGAAUCUGCAUAUACGGGUGUCAAAUAUACUGUGUUUGCUCCAACCACAGAGCAGGAAGUGAAAGCAUUGAUUACAAAAUCAGCCACCAAAUCCUGUGAGUUAGAUCCCAUUCCAACAUGGCUGUUAAAAGAAUGCAUAGAUGAACUAACACCAGUGAUAACCAGUUUUAUAAACGUGUCCUUGGAUGCUGCUUAUGUACCAAAAAUGUUCAAACACUCACGAAUAAGACCACUUCUAAAGAAACCAAAUCUAGAUCCUAACGAACUGAAAAACUAUAGGCCUGUGUCUAACUUGCCAUUCCUGUCUAAAAUCUUGGAAAAGGUCGUUGACGUACGACUUGAGAGCCAUCUGAAGACAAAUAAUCUACACGAGGUCAACCAAUCUGCUUAUCCAAGGCAGCGUGCUCGACUAAGCAAGCUUGAUACAGUGACCUCCUGUACACAGGUUGAGAUUAUGAUGGUGAGCAAGUGUGCAAAGUCAUAUGACGAUGGAUUAUCUGAGGUGGUACGGAAAACGUAA